AUGCCAGCAGAGAUGCGAUACCAACUCACAUCAAUGAAAUUCUGGGGCUACGAGAGUGGUCAAACAAAGCCAGGCAAGCUUGGAAUGGGAUGGAAAAGUCUUGUAGACUUAUUAUACAAGGGAGAGAGGUAUUUGUUGACUUUGACUCUUCCCUUGUUGCUUGUUCAAGAAAUCAGAGCAUACAUGUCAAUGGGGUCACGCCACUUUUUUAGCUUUCUUGACCUCUCAUUUACCUUGAGCUUUUGGUGUAAGAUAGUUAGUUCACUUGCAGAAGUACAUGGAAGAGAAGAGGUGUCAAUUAGUCAAGUCAACUGUGCCCCUCUUGGACUCAUCAAAGCAAUUUUAGCUUCUCGAUUCAUCUCAAUUUUCUCCUUUUUCCUUCCUUACAACAAGUUGGACAAGAUGCCAGGUCCAGAAUCUGUUGCUUGUGGUGAAGAAAAUAAAAUGAGAAAUGUGUCAAUAUAUGUUCAAAGUUUGAAGUUUUGGGAAAUUUCUGCUUCUCUUCUGCCACCAUUAGUGAUCGUGUUAUGGCUUCAUGGGAAGGAAAAGGGUCGUAUUUCCUUGCCUAAGUUGUGUUGCAUGAUGAUGGUGUUAGAUCUGUUAUCUUCUGGUCCUACUGGAACUGCCAUUUCUCAAACUAUAGAGACCAUUUCUGAGUUCCUAGUUACUGCUAAUGAUGUUCUUGUGAAGAAGGAUAGUUUUAAAGAACUUGGAGCUUACAUGGAAAGAAUUAAGCCUGUCUUAGAAGAGUUGAGGAAAGGAAAAGUCAGUGAUUCUGAGACACUAAACCGAGCCAUUGAGACGAUGAAUAAAGAAAUUAAAGAUGCAAAGCUACUAGCUCUAGAGUGCAGCAAGAAGAGCAGGUUUUAUCUACUAAUGAACUGCAGGUCCAUUGUUAACAAGUUAGAAAAUCACACAAAACAUCUGAGUUCUGCACUUGGUCUUCUUCCUUUAGCCACAACAGAUCUUUCUUCAGGAAUAGUUGAAGAAAUUGAAAAGCUAUGUGAAAACAUGCAGACAUGUAGAUUUAAGGCGGCUCUAGAUGAAGAAGAGAUCUUGGAGAAAAUUGACUCAGGGAUUAGGGAAAACAAUGUUGAUCGUUCCUAUGCAAAUAAGUUGAUUUUUCUCAUUUCUGAGGCUGUUGGGAUUAGUAAUGAGAGGUCAGCAAUAAAGUUGGAACUUGAGGAGUUCAAGAGUGAAAUUGAAAAAGCGCGAGAUAGGAAGGAGUUAGCUGAAGCUAUGCAAAUGGAUCAAAUCAUUGCUUUGUUGGAAAGGGCUGAUGCAGCUUCAUCACCUAGGGACAAGGAAAACAAAUACUUUGCGAAACGCCAAUCUUUGGGCAGUCAAAUCUUGGAGCCUUUGCAGUCAUUUUUUUGCCCCAUCACCCAGGAUGUUAUGGUGGAUCCUGUAGAAAUUUCAUCUGGGCAGACAUUUGAGAGAAGUGCCAUAGAAAAGUGGUUUGCAGAUGGAAACAAAUCGUGCCCCUUGACAUGGAUUCCUCUAGACACAUCAAUUUUGAGACCUAACAAAAAGUUGAAACAAUCCAUACAAGAGUGGCAUGAUAGAAAUAUAAUGAUUAGAAUUGCUACAUUGAAAGAAAAAAUCCUGUCUGGAAAUGAUGAGGAAGUGCUGCGUGAUCUGCAAAUUCUUCAGAAUUUGUGUGAAGAAAAAGACCAACACAGGGAAUGGGUUAUUCUGGAGAAUUAUAUCCCAACUCUCAUCCAAAUUCUAUCAAAAAAACGUGAUAUAACGAAACAUUCUCUUGUCAUCCUUGGCAUGCUGGCAAAAGAUAAUGAAGAAGCUAAGAGAAAAAUUUCAACCACUGAUCGUGCAAUUGAAUCGAUUGUCAAGUCUCUUGGACGUCGUGCAGAGGAAAGGAAGUUAGCAGUGUCUUUACUACUUGAAUUAUCCAAAUAUGAUAUGGCACGAGAACACAUUGGAAAAGUUCAAGGUUGCAUACUACUGUUGGUGACUAUGUCUAGUGGAGAUGACAACCAAGCUGCUAGAGAUGCAACGGAGCUAUUGGAGAAGCUUUCAUACUCUGAUCAGAAUGUUAUACAGAUGGCAAAAGCAAAUUAUUUCAAGCAUUUAUUGCAGCGUCUCUCCGCAGGACCAGAAGAUAUAAAGAUGAUCAUGGCGACAACUUUAGCAGAAAUGGAGUUAACUGACCAUAAUAGAGAGUCCUUGUUUGACGGUGGUGUACUGGUUCCUCUUCUUCACAUGUUCUCACAUAAUGAUCUUCGGGUGAAAACAGUUGCUAUUAAAGCUCUUAGGAAUUUAUCCAAUUCAAAGAAAAAUGGACAGGAAAUGAUAAGACAGGGGGCCGCACGACCACUACUUAACCUCCUUUUCAAUCAAAGCAUAUACACUGCAUGUUUGUGGGAAGAUAUAGCAACCAUAAUCGUGCAACUUGCUGCAUCAACUAUCUCUCAGGACGCUCAAACACCUGUUUUAUUACUAGAUUCUGAUGAUGAUGUUUGCAAUCUCUUCAGUUUAGUUAGUGUCUCAGAGCCUGUUGUGCAACAGAACAUUAUACAGACCUUUUAUGCCUUGUGUCAAACACCCUCGGCUUCAUAUAUCAGAACCAAAUUGAAAGAGUACUCAGCUGUUCCGAAACUGGUUCAACUGUGUGAGAAUGAAAACCAAAACCUGCGAGCAAGUGCUGUGAAGUUGCUUUCUUGCUUGGUGGCGAGUUGUGACGAAGCCAUAAUACAGGAGAACGUGAAUCAGAAAUGCAUCAAUACUCUACUCCGGAUCAUAAAAUCUUCAUCCGAUAAAGAGGAAAUACUUUCUGCCAUGGGAAUUAUAUGCUAUCUUCCAGAAAUGGACCAGAUAACUGAAUGGCUUCUGGAUGCUGGGGCACUGCCAAUCAUUACAAGUUAUGUCCAAAAUAGGAGAGACAGGGAUCAUCUAAGGAAUAAUUUAGUAGAGAAUGCCAUUGGUGCCCUUUGUCGUUUUACAGUUCCAAAAAACUUGGAGUGGCAAAAAAGUGCAGCUGAAACUGGGAUCAUAACUGAUUUGGUGCAAUUGCUUGAAAAUGGAACCCCCUUGACAAAACAACGUGCGGCGCAGUCUCUUACUCAAUUCUCUAAUAGCUCGUUUAGGCUGAGCAGGCCGAUACCGAGGCGCAAAGGACUAUGGUGCUUCUCAGCCCCUGCUGAUAUUGGCUGCAUGGUUCAUGGAGGAAUAUGCUCAGUCAAAUCGUCAUUUUGCCUUUUGGAGGCUAAUGCAGUGGGACCACUCACAAAAACUCUUGGGGACUCGGAUCCUGGAGUUUGUGAGGCUUCUUUGGAUGCUCUAUUAACAUUAAUAGAAGGUGAAAGACUGCAGAGUGGUAGUAAAGUGCUUGCAGAAGCAAAUGCCAUACCACAUAUAAUCAGAUAUCUUGGUUCCCACUCCCCUGGCUUGCUGGAGAAGUCUCUAAAUGCUUUGGAAAGGAUUUUUCGGCUAGUCGAAUUCAAACAGAUGUAUGGACCCUCAGCUCAAAUGCCUCUAGUUGAUUUGACUCAGAGGGGUAAUGGUAGGGUUAGAUCCAUGUCAGCUAGAAUAUUGGCACAUUUGAACGUGCUUCAUGAUCAGUCUUCAUAUUUCUAA